CCGCUACACGAGUAGUAACUCGUUUCAGCUCCCUUCAUUUUCGCUUCUUCGUUAUGGUCUCCACACUCUAUUCUGCGCCGGUAGCGAGCUGAAGGCUCAUCGUACACUUUCAGAAGCCAUAUCUAUAUCAUCUUUAAUCGCCAAUCUUUGAAUCCGUUCUGGAAUUGAAGGAGUAGGCGAAGGAAUUGAAGGAGAUGGGUUCCCUUGGGAGAGCAUUUUACACUGUCGGAUUCUGGAUCCGCGAAACGGGUCAAGCACUCGAUCGCCUGGGCUGCCGCCUCCAAGGCAAAUACUACUUCCAAGAACAACUGUCUAGGCAUAGAGUCCUUAUGAACUUGUUUGAUAAAGUUCCUUCAGUUCAUAGAGAAGCAUUUGUUGCACCAAGUGCUUCUAUCAUUGGGGAUGUUAAAGUUGGAAGGCAUUCCUCUAUCUGGUAUGGAUGUGUUCUACGAGGUGAUGUGAAUAGCGUAAGCAUCGGAACUGGAACCAAUAUCCAAGACAACUCUCUUGUUCAUGUAGCCAAAUCCAAUCUAACUGGAAAAGUGUUACCAACAAUUAUUGGCAACAAUGUUACUGUUGGUCAUAGUGCUGUCUUACAUGGAUGUACUGUUGAAGAUGAGGCAUUUGUUGGUAUGGGUGCAACCUUGCUUGAUGGGGUGGUUGUAGAGAAAAAUGCCAUGAUUGCUGCUGGUGCUCUUGUGAGACAGAAUACAAGGAUUCCUUGUGGAGAGGUCUGGGGCGGAAAUCCUGCCAAGUUCUUAAGGAAACUCACAGAAGAAGAAAUAUCCUUCAUCUCCCAGUCAGCCCUCAACUACUCAAAUUUAGCACAGGGUCAUGCAGCUGAAAAUGCAAAGAGCUUGGAUGAGAAUGAGUUUGAGAAGGUUCUUCGCAAGAAGAAGGAUGAAGACUACGAUUCAAUACUGGGUGUUGUUCGUGAAACACCCCCUGAGCUCAUCCUAACCGAUAAUGCGCCAAAGGCUUCUUAAGCGCAAGUUAGAGGUUGAGUAUUUGCUGAAUUUGAUGUUAACUGACAUUUUUGUUGUAAUGGGCAGAUUGACAAGAAGGAAAUGCCCAUGGUUCAUGUCUCUAAUAAUUUUGGCCCCAGGCUUACAUAUCAAAUAUGGAUAUUUACUGGAGAAUGGAGAAACAAAAUUAGUGUGUUUUAGCAACACUCUAGGGAGUGUAGGACAUGAGUGAAAAUUUUCUUCGCAGUUUCUUCAUUUGUAUGUCAAUAAUGCUCAUUGCCCCAUUCCUUCCCUCAGAUCGUUGAGGUCAUGUCUUCAUUUGCAACUGGACUGAGUUUUCCUCACCGGGUUUUAUCCGAUGGGAUUAUAAAUAUUGUUGAUGAGGAUUUUGUUUUCUUGUACCA